AUGGCUCUUGAACUUUUGGUUAGUGCUGCCAACAACGCCGUUGGCCUGGUGAAGGCGGCGAGCCUCACUAGCCGGGCCUACGUGACGUUCCUAGCUGGCAAAGGUGACUACGUGAAGGGCGUGAUCGGGCUGGCCAAGGGCCUCCGGAAGGUCAGGACCGCCUACCCGCUUGUGGUGGCUGUCCUGCCGGACGUGCCGAUGGAGCACCGUCGCAUGCUGACGGCGCAGGGCUGCAUAGUCCGGGAGAUCGAGCCGGUAUACCCGCCUGAGAACCAGACCCAGUUCGCCAUGGCCUACUACGUCAUCAACUACUCCAAGCUCCGCAUCUGGGAGUUCGUGGAGUACCACAAGAUGAUUUACCUCGACGGAGAUAUUCAAGUGUACGAGAACAUCGACCAUCUCUUUGACCUCCCGGACGGCUUCUUCUACGCCGUCAAAGACUGUUUCUGCGAGAAGACGUGGUCCCACACGCCUCAGUACAAGAUCGGUUACUGCCAGCAAUGCCCCGAGAAGGUCCAUUGGCCGGAGGCGGAGAUGGGUCCGGCGCCGCCGCUAUACUUUAACGCCGGCAUGUUCGUGUAUGAGCCAAGCCUCUCCGUCUACGACGAUCUUCUCAACACCCUCAAAGUGACCACUCCCACGCCUUUCGCCGAGCAGGACUUUCUAAACAUGUUCUUUCGGGAUAUUUACAAGCCUAUCCCUCCGGUGUACAACCUCGUGUUGGCCAUGCUGUGGCGCCAUCCGGAGAACAUUGAGCUCGAGAAAGCAAAAGUUGUUCAUUACUGCGCUGCGGGGUCAAAGCCAUGGAGGUACACGGGGAAAGAAGAGAACAUGCAGAGGGAAGACAUAAAGAUGCUAGUGCAAAAAUGGUGGGAUAUUUAUGAUGAUGAGUCUCUGGAUUAUGGGAGGAGAAGCGUGAGCGAAACAGAGAAGCUUAUAGCGGCGCUGUCGAAGGCCGGCGGUGCUAACUACAUCACAGCCCCAUCGGCGGCCUAG